ACAAUGUCAGCACAGGCGUUACAAACAGACUUUUAGGAUUCGACAGCACCGUCACAAACAAUGUCCCUCGUGAUGACACUUUUUGCUAUGGCCAAUUUCACUUGAGCUAAUUCAAGAAGGCGGAGGGCGGAGUUAAAGGAUGAAGAGUAUAAAAUACAGACAUGAAGAGAAAGCUGAUGAGAGAAGAGAUGAAGGGAAACAUCUUAUGGAACCAAUUAAGCCAACAAAAUAAGAAAGAGUAAACAAAAGGAGUGUAGUCCUGCUUAAAAGUGAGAUGUUGAUCCUGUUAAACCUGUUUUUACUUCUUGGCACCGUUGCCAUUCACGCCAUGACAAACAACUUGAAAGAGAAUAUUGCAACCAAGGGAAAGGCUGUACAGUCAUCUACAUAUUACUUAAAGGCUGACGCUGCAAUUGAUGAUAUAGAUUUUUACUGCACACACACUAAAACCGAGACGAACCCAUGGUGGAGGCUGGAUAUGAAGGAUUUACAAAUCAUUGAAAAAGUGAUCAUCACUAACAGGAUGGACUGCUGCUUUGAACAAAUCAACGGAGCAGAGAUUCGCAUUGGAAUGUCCUUGGAGAACAACGGCAACAACAAUUCCAAAUGUGCAGAAAUUUCUGGUAUUUCAGCACGUCAGUCUGUUUCCUACUCAUGCGGUGGAAUGCAAGGCCGUUAUGUGAAUAUGGUCAUUCCUGGAGAUUCGAAGAAUCUCUCUCUGUGUGAAGUUGAAGUCUUCGUAAACGAUAGUUUGAAAAUAAGGGGUCGUGCUGUUCAGUCCUCUCUACUUGAAUACUUUCGGGCUGAUCGUGCUGUCGAUGGAAUAAAAUAUGCCCCGGGAACAGCAUCAUUUUGUACUCAUACACAAUCACAAACGGAUCCAUGGUGGAGGCUGGAUCUGUUGGAUAAUUACUAUAUCAGCAGCGUGACCAUCACAGGCAGAGCUGACUGCUGUUCACAACGACUCAACGGAGCAGAGAUUCACAUCGGAAACUCCCUCGAAGAAAAUGGCAACAACAAUCCCAUGUGAGAAAUUUACUCUGUUUAGCCAUAAGUUUUAAGAGGUGAUGAGUUGAUGUGAAGUAUGCUUAGCUAC